AUGGAUGCCGAUGUCGAUGGGAUCGAUGUCGAUGACGACGAUGACGACGAUGCUGGCAUAUUCAGCAUCGCCAAAGACCGCCAAAGCGAGGACGAUGAUACCCUCACUGGUGAAGACAACGUUCUUUCAGCAGUGCACACGAAGCGCACUGCUAUUGACAAGGAUGAAUCAGCAGAGGAAUGUCUGCUGACUCGCGAAGCGGUUGUCCGCUUCGUUCAAGACUCUAUUGCAGAUGCACUGGACAGACAGAAGCGAAACGCAUACAAACACGGAAGAGCAAAUGUUCUUUCAUUUGACGAAGGAGACCUAGUUUUACUGUCUACAGUAAAGUUACCCAAGCACGCAGUGACAAACGUGAGCGGCAGUAAAUUACUGCCCAAGUACAUCGGUCCAUUUCGUGUGUUGCGCCGAAUGGGCAACGCAUACACGAUUGAACUUCCCCGUAAGAUGCGCACGCAUCCUACGUUUUACGCUGGUCGUCUCCGCCCGUACUAUCAGUACGAGCCCGUUUCGCGAUGCGAAGAACACCUCCACGGUCGAGAGCCUAGACCACCUUCGGGAGUGGUCCCGUUUCAACGAACCAGUCUGGUCGACUAG